GAAGGCCCCAGUACGCCCAGUGGAACUACAGAAUACUGUGUUCACCCCUUCAGGAAGAUGUUCCUUUGUCUGACCUCCGACCGAUUGAGGACUUGAGUUAUCGUGUUGCUACAGGUCACUCUAACGAUUGGAUCCUGAACAACCGUAGAGCCAGAUUCACUUUCUUUGAGAAGGAUGAGGAGAAGUUCCCAGAUUAUACCAAGCUUGACCGCCUGUUCCACACCGUCCCCGGCCUUGACAACGGACCCGCUAACCUAAACCAGGCCUCCUCAGACGACAAAAUCCUCGACAUGUCGCCGGGCUCAGAUCAGCCACUCAACACAGGCUACUACCACCGCAUGUAUAAGACCGAUAAGGCGGGAGUUAGUGGAGUAAAAAAAACGUUCCGAGGUUUCAACGACCCCAACUUGUGGGUUGCUGAGACAUCACAAGAGGACGUGGCGCCGAUGUCGAUAAAAUCUUGCAACAAAGACUUGGCGACAACGACGUGUCAGACCAAAAAGGCCAGGUUCUCCUACGCCAUCCCCCUGGAGAUUAUUUACAUGACCCCUCUCCUCUCCUGGAACCCUUACAACUUGACGAUACACGAGCGAGGGGUAGAAACUGCAACUGCUGGUUCCCGGGAUGGCGGAUUGACCAAAGAGAAAGCCUACAACGGAGUCAACUUCAGCCACUACUAUAUGACACCUGCCGAGUUCUUCUCGUCCAGAAACGUGUAGACGGGCCGAAUGACCUGGACUUAUGGAGGAAAAGUUUCGGUAUGAACUAUACACCGACUACAACUUUGGUAUACAUUUUGACAAAAGGGGCUCAGUUUCUUUGCUCCAAAGGACAGCACAGAGACAUGAUAAUGAAAAUGAUAAAUAAUAAUAAUUACUAUUAAAAUGAUUGUUUUAAUCCA